UGCACAGUUCGUUGUGGGUCUGCUUUCUUUUUGGCUUAUAUGAAGCUUUGAUCACACUACACCCAUUCUUGCUUUUUCUUCACUUUACGUAGCUUUGAAGAUCACAUCUGAUUUUCAAGCAUUUGCGUGUUUGAUUGGUGUGACUUGUGAGUGAUUUGAUCAAUGGCUUCAAAUGGAACAAAACCCCCUCCAGAGCCUUCACCAUUGAGAAAGGCGAAAUUUUUCCAGGCAAACAUGAGGAUUUUGGUUACUGGUGGUGCCGGUUUCAUUGGUUCUCACCUUGUUGACAGGCUUAUGCAGAACGAGAAGAAUGAGGUGAUUGUUGUGGAUAACUAUUUCACGGGAUCGAAGGAUAACCUUAAGCAGUGGAUUGGCCAUCCUAGGUUUGAGCUUAUUCGCCAUGAUGUCACAGAGACAUUGUUGGUUGAAGUUGACCAAAUUUAUCAUCUUGCUUGUCCUGCUUCCCCAAUUUUCUACAAGUACAAUCCCGUUAAGACGAUUAAGACAAAUGUUAUUGGGACGUUGAACAUGUUGGGACUUGCCAAGAGAGUCGGAGCUAGGAUUCUGCUGACAUCGACCUCUGAGGUUUAUGGAGAUCCUCUUGUGCACCCUCAGGACGAGAGCUACUGGGGCAAUGUUAACCCUAUUGGAGUUAGGAGCUGUUACGAUGAGGGGAAAAGAGUGGCGGAGACUUUGAUGUUCGAUUAUCACAGGCAGCAUGGAAUUGAAAUCCGUAUUGCUAGAAUUUUCAACACUUAUGGACCUAGGAUGAAUAUUGACGAUGGUCGUGUUGUCAGCAAUUUCAUUGCUCAAGCAAUUCGCAAUGAGCCCUUGACUGUCCAGUUACCAGGAACACAAACUCGCAGUUUCUGCUAUGUUUCUGACAUGGUUGAUGGUCUUAUCCGGCUUAUGGAGGGCGAGAAUACUGGGCCAAUUAACAUCGGGAAUCCAGGUGAAUUCACAAUGCAUGAACUUGCUGAGACUGUGAAGGAGAUGAUCAAUCCAAAAGUGGAAGUUAUUCAAGUGGAGAACACCCCGGAUGAUCCUCGCCAGAGAAAGCCCGACAUCACAAAGGCGAAGGAGUUGCUUGGCUGGGAACCGAAGGUGAAAUUGCGCGAAGGUAUUCCUCUGAUGGAGGACGAUUUCCGAACCAGGCUGGGAAUCCCGAGGAGUUGAACUCCAUUGAUGAACCAUCACCUAUCAUCUAUACCACACAAUCUGUCAUGUUUAGGAAGUCUUGUCUUCUCCAAACUUCUUGCUGUUUAUUUACCAUGAUUGGGAGUACAUUUUGCUGGUUUGAAUAUACUCACCACAUGCCCUUAUCAGUUAUAAAUGAAUAUGCUAUAUU